AUGGUUAAGCUUAGCACUCCCCUUGCAAUUUUAGCUAUUGCCAUUGCUGGUGUCGCAGCUCAGGGCCCUGCGUCUUCUGGUGGCUCGGCUGCCGCGCCAUCGCCUGCGGCCGAUUCGAAGGCUGCCCCCGCUUCGUCGGCGCAACCGACCUCUGCUCCUCCCAAGCAGGGCGGCGACAACAAUGACAACGGUGGUGACAGCAAGGACUCCAACAGCGAUGUUUGCUCUAUGCUUUACAACACGGACGAGGCUUACAAGUGCACUGCGAGCUCGACCCAGGUGCCUCCUUUCAACCUGCCUUCCUUGCUUAACUUCUUCAUCGGCAAGUACAGUUCUGGCCCGAAGGGUUACCCUGUUUCCGAGGUCGCUGACGAGCUUGCCGGCUCUGUCCUUACUUACUACCCUACCGUCACUGUUUCCUCCUCUGCGAUCCAGAUGGCGUUCUACAAAGGUCUUAUUCAGAGCAUCAGGGCUCAGGGCAAUGACGACUUUACCCCCCAAGACGAUGAGGAUAUCCCGAAGGAGACUGCUGACCAGCUCGAGGGUAUGGGUGUCAACAUGCACGAUGCGGCAACCAAAAACACCGCCGUGCAGGUUGCUGCUCUUGGUCUUGCUGGCCUUAUUGCCGGCGCUGUUCUUCUCUAA